CAAUCAUUGAGAAAGUCUUGGUAAGAGAUGGUGGUUCUGGGUCAGCUGAAUUUCCCUCCUUUAAAUGUUCUUUUAAAGGCUAAAUCCAAGGAUGUUGUUGGAAAGUUAAUCAAUGAUGCCUACAAAUAUAGGAAUGAAGAAGCUCCUGCAGUAGUCUAUGGUUCAAUCACUGAGAAUUUGGGUUGUGAAAAGACAGAGGCUGUACAACUAUUUUGCAGUUUACAGCAAUUGGUAAAACAUUGCUUGUACGAAGGCUUAAUUGACAGACCGUCUAUUACCACAUCAUUUCCAGGGGAUUUUCAUAAAAACUUGAAAGAUUUGCUUGCGAAGAUUAUUGCAGAAAACAUGCCAGAAUGGAGGUCACUAUCCAUGGCUAACCAAGUUUCUUUGCCAAAACUGGUGGAUUUUGACUGGAGAGUCGAUGUUAAGACAUCAUCUGACGCCAUUCAAAGGAUGUCCAUGCCAACAUGUCUAAUCCAACUUAAGAUCCAGGAGAAUCCUUGUGACGAGAACAGGUUACCCGAAUUGAAAAGUUUAAAUGUAGAACUAAGUAAAAAGACAUUAGAUACAAUGCUAGAUGGUUUGGGGAAGAUACGAGAUCAACUCUCGUCUGUUGCACAAAGUUCAUCAUCGUGAGAGCAGUAAACCGUUAUUUUAUAUUCAUAAACAAUUUACAUACCUCCGAGAGAGGAUCAGUCGA